AUGCUAAACAAAUUACAGGUAUUCAAGAACUUUGCGUGGUCGAAUCCUUUGUGGCCAAAGCUCUUCCCGGGUGUUCGUAAAAUGGAGGCCGAAGUGGUCCGCAUGUGCUGCACGUUGAUGCACGCUGACGCAGAAGGCUGUGGAACCGUAUGUUUACCAAUGAUGUUAGUUCAGAUGUCAACAGGCGGUACGAUAUCCAUACUUCUCGCCUGCUUAGCCCAUAGGAAUCGUGCUCUCAAACGAGGAAUUCUCUUCCCAGAAAUGUAA